AUAGCCAUGAUCUAUUUUCAUAAUGUCUGCUCGGUACCCAGCUCCUUCCAGCUCACAGGCAUCCCAGGGCUGGAGUCCCUGCACAUCUGGCUCUCCAUCCCCUUUGGCUCCAUGUACCUUGUGGCUGUGGUGGGGAAUGUGACCAUCUUGGCUGUGGUAAGGGUAGAGCGUAGCCUGCACCAGCCCAUGUACUUUUUCCUGUGCAUGUUGGCUGCCAUUGACCUGGUUCUGUCUACUUCCACUAUGCCCAAACUUCUGGGAAUCUUCUGGUUUGGUGCUGGUGACAUCGGCCUGGAUGCCUGCUUGGGCCAAAUGUUCCUUAUUCACUGCUUUGCCACUGUUGAAUCGGGCAUCGUCCUUGCCAUGGCUUUUGAUCGUUACAUGGCCAUCUGCAACCCACUACGUUAUAGCAUGGUGCUCACUCAUACAGUGGUGGGUCGUUUGGGGUUGGUUUCCCUCCUCCGGGGGGUUCUCUACAUUGGACCUCUGCCUCUGAUGAUCCGCCUGCGACUGCCCCUUUAUAAAGGCCAUGUUAUCUCCCACUCCUACUGUGAGCACAUGGCUGUAGUUGCUUUGACGUGUGGCGACAGCAGGAUCAAUAAUAUCUAUGGGCUAAGCAUUGGCUUUUUGGUGUUGAUCCUGGACUCCAUGGCUAUUGCUGCCUCCUAUGUGAUGAUUUUCAGGGCCGUGAUGGGGCUAGCCACUCCUGAGGCCAGGCUUAAAACCCUGGGGACAUGCGGUUCACACAUCUGUGCCAUCCUGAUCUUUUAUGUUCCCAUUGCCGUUUCUUCCCUGAUUCAUCGAUUUGGUCGCUCUGUGCCUCCGCCAGUUCACACACUGCUGGCCAACUUCUAUCUCCUCGUUCCUCCAAUCCUCAAUCCCAUUGUCUAUGCUGUUCGCACCAAGCAGAUCCGAGAGAGGCUUCUCCAAAUCCUGAGGAUAGAAAAGAAGAUUAGCUGAUUGCUAUUUUCUUCUCAACUAAGCUCAUGGAGAAGGUGUUUAAAUAUGGUAGGCUGCUUCCUGUUGGGAACUUCACGAGCAGUUUGAGAUAUUAGGCCCUGUGGUCUCCAACUUUUGUAGUUCCAAAGGAAUACUAAGAAAGUAUACAACUCUAAGUCCUAAAGGUGGAAAAUAUAAGACUUAUGACUAAAAGAUACUUGAGCUGCAAAGAAGGUAAACCAACAGUAACGAUGACAAACUGCUAACAUUUAGCAUUGGGUCAUGUAACUCCUGGAAAUAUCCUGACAUGAAGUAUUAUUGUUUAUGUUUUAUGAGGAAAUAGGACAGAACACCUUGCUCUAUUAACUGCAUACAGUUACUUAAGCUGCCUUGCUCCAUGUUUUGACUGGAGUUUGUAAUACAUUGUUAAGUUAUAUAUUAAUACUUUCUACUCUUUGUUUCCUGUAUAUCUUUUAAGAGGUAAAUUCUAAAAACUAAAUCAUUUAAUCGAUGUUUCCUUAGUUACAAGAUACUUCCCGAGUUUAGCCUCUAGUGAUUGAGAUGCUGUUCAAACUGCUGGUAAUGUGUUCUAGAAGACUUACUUGUAAGCCCAGAAGAUUUGGGAAUACUUAUGAAAGAAUGUGGCCCCCCAAAAUUUGUCAGGUCAAUGAAGGAAAAUGAGACAAAAUUACCAUGUCUCAACAUUGCCUUUGUUGUAUUCUCUGCAGGCUCGAGACAUGAGGGCUCUGUGGAAAUAAGCCUUCCCUUUCCACAGAAACACUCCCCAAACCCUGGUCCAUCUGUAGGAUUCCUGCGGAGAGUGCUACAUCCUUAAAAUGAAUUGGCAUAAAUUGUGAGUUACACAAUUUAUAAAGACACUGACUUCAUCCUUCUGAUUAAGUGUUAACGCAAUAACUAGAGUGCAGUUAAUGUGAAUAAAGUGUUUAGUUACUAUGGUUAGGAAAAACUUAGAAACAAGGAAACACCUCAGAGAGGCCUCAGGAAAUUAGUACCAAAAACUGUUCUCUUGGUCCCCCUGGCUGACAUCCUUGCUCACUGGCUUAGCAAGUCCUUUAAUGUUAGUGGUCCUAGGGUUGACAUUUGGACCAUGCCUUUUAAACAUGCUCCGCAAGUUUAUCCAAGAAAGAAUAGAUUCGGUAAAAUUAAUGGUUCUAAGAUCUAACUAUGGGCCCCUGUGUCAAGAAGAGGACACCUAUUAAAGAUUUAAUACAUGAUUAUAAGAACAGGGGGGAAUGUGAUAUAGCUGGCCUAGAAUUAGAACCUGUAUAAUGCCAUUUUUUAAAGAACAGUGCUGUUUCCAUUCUCACAAUGACUGCUAACCUUGGCUUUUGUAAAUUGCUAGAUCAUUUGCAGGAUGCAAAGAGAGGUAAAGCUGCAUACCUCCUUUUAUCUAUCAGAAUUGCUGGCCUUUGUUUCCCAGAGUAGGCACCCCAAGAUCAUUCCAUCCUGGCGCCAAGCAACUGAAAAUCUAUGGAUCCCACCCCUACCCAGACGAUGUGUAAACGAAUGCUAAUCUUAGCAUUUGUGAACUCCUUAAAUGACAAUCAGAAUAGUCCUCUGGCCCUCGAAAUGUCCGGAACCCCCUCACCCUCAUCUCCGCCCAGAAGCUGAUUUGAAUCCACUGGCCCUCGGAAUGUCUGAAGCCCCUCACCCCAUCCUCUCCCCUCACCCCCGAGGCGAUUUUACGGGUAUAAAAGGUCUUGUCACCCUCUUUUACGGGGCCACGGGUUGGAGAGACGUGAGUCCUCCGUAGUUGCCGGCAAUAAACCUGCAA